AGGAAUCUGAUGAACGUGGCGUAACCAAAGCGAGAGUUAAUUCUAAAUCUCCUAAUCGCGAGAGUCUUCAAAUCUUCGUCGUCCGUUUUUCGUCUCUAAAGAUCGUCAGCAACAAUGGAGGGACGGAUGUUUUGGUUGGUUUCGUUACUCUAUUCUCUCUCUUUUUAGUUUUUUUGUGUGGAGAGGAGAAGACAACGCCCUUUCCUUUCUUUCUCUCUCCCUCUCUCUCUCUAAAAAAACCCACUUACUGAAAUCGUCAAUCAAUCCCCAUAUACAUAACUUUUCGUUUCGAUUCUCUGUUUCCCCCCCUUUUUUUGGUUUUGGGAAGGAAAUUGGAUGGUGGGUUUUUGAUUUUUGUCGAAAUUGGUGCUCUGGUGGUGGUGGGUUGUGGUGGAAAUGGGGAUUUGGGUGGUGGGUUUUGAUGGGAUGAGUUCUUCGCCGGCGAUGAGGCGGUGAUUUCAGGACCAUGUUCCUCUGCGAUGGAGUACGAUUCUGGAAUUCCGAUGUCUGUGACGGAGGGACACUCCUCUGCUCUCACACCAUCCUUGCGCGAAGGUUCUCUUGCUAAUUUCGAUGCACUGUGGCAAAUGAACUUAGGAUCAGGUGAAAUAAUGGGAUCUGGAUCUUAUCCCGUGCGACCCGGAGAGCCAGACUGUUCUUAUUACAUCAGAACUGGCCUAUGCAGAUUUGGAGCUACGUGUAGAUUUAAUCAUCCACCUAAUAGGGAGCUGGCUAUUGCCACUGCAAGAAUGAAGGGGGAGUUCCCGGAAAGAAUUGGACAACCAGAAUGCCAGUACUACCUGAAGACAGGAACUUGCAAGUUCGGGGCUACGUGCAAGUUUCAUCAUCCUAGAGACAAGGCUGGGAUUGCUGGAAGAGUUGCCUUAAAUAUUAUUGGCUAUCCACUUCGCCCGAGUGAACCUGAAUGUGCUUAUUAUAUAAGAACUGGACAAUGUAAGUUCGGAAAUACAUGUAAAUUCCACCAUCCUCAACCGACUAAUAUGAUGGUCUCACUGCGCGGUUCUCCUAUUUAUCCAACCGUACAAUCGCCAACUCCUGGUCAGCAAUCAUAUCCAGGAGGAAGUACAAAUUGGUCGAGGGCGUCGUUCAUUCCUAGUCCACGAUGGGAAGGCCCUUCCAGUUAUGCAUCUUUAAUAUUACCUCAGGGAGUUCUUUCUGUUCCAGGUUGGAAUGCAUUCAAUGAUCAGCUCGGAUCGGUUUCAUCUUCAGAAAGUCCACAACAAACGAGGGAGAAUGUAUUCCCUGAGAGACCUGGCCAGCCUGAAUGUCAGUUUUAUAUGAAGACUGGAGAUUGCAAGUUCGGUGCCGUUUGUCGAUUUCAUCAUCCCAGAGAAAGAGUACUUCCUGCCCCAGAUUGUGUCUUGAGUCCUAUAGGCCUGCCGUUACGUCCGGGAGAACCUUUGUGCAUCUUCUAUUCUCGUUACGGGAUCUGUAAGUUCGGUCCAAGCUGCAAGUUCGAUCACCCUAUGGGAAUCUUCACAUACAAUCUCUCAGCAGCAGCAGCAGCAGCAGCAUCAUCAGCCAACGCCCCAGUUCAGCAUUUGUUUGGGACGUCUUCAGGAUCAACUGCACUGAACUUGUCAUCUGAAGGGCUAGUCGAAGCAGGAUCUGCAAAACCGAGACGACUAUCAAUCUCGGAGACGCGAGAGAUGCCAUCUGACGACGAAAAUAUCGACACAGAAGGCUGAACACCGCCUUUUUACUCCUUUUACAAUCUUUUGGAAGAUAAAAAGAAGAAGAAGAAGAAGAGGUAUUUGUAAAUUCAUUAUGCCUUGCCUUGCAGGAAGGAAAAAAGAUGUACAGGAGGGAGGGUUCAUGUAAAGUUGAUCCUGUUUUUUAUGUCUGAAAACGCAUGUUUCAGAUGGCAGCAGAGAUUAAUUCCUCUGAGUUUUACUUUUUUUUUUCUUUUUUUAAAUUUUAUUUUAUGUUUCUGCAUUGUUGUAUAAAAGGAUCUGCAGAUUAUGUCGGGUUUUUUGUUCAUCUUUGGUAAAAACAACAAUUCAUCAUGAACUGCUUUCUCUUUGGGCUUUGGGAGUUUAAAUUCUUGUAAAGAAACGCUUUGCUAUUUCUCCCCAAAUUUUGAUGGCCUCUUUGGCUCUUCAAUCAA